UCUUCUGUAACAUUUUUAAUCCUAUUUGGAAAUUCUUGUCUAAUUCUGAGAUGUCUGCUUCAUAGACAAAGUGGAGCACCAGUCACCUAAAGAACUUGUCCUGCAUGCAAAAUCUGAGUUUGGCCCUGUUGAAGCUGUACAAUGUGUCUUUGAACUUGUUGGAGCUGGUAGAACCGAAGAACAAGAUCUUGUCAAGAGUCUCCAAGAAGGAUUCUGAGGGUUCGAGGCAGAACUCAGCUUUAAUAUACCUCGUCAAGAAUUCUUUUCUUUUAGAUUCGCAAUGAUUCUUAAAAGUAGUAAAGAGAGUAUGCGCCCUUAGACGCUCCAAGUGAAACUUCUUGACUUUCCUCAUUACAGACUUCAGCACAACAUCAGUUCUCCUUUUUAGGCCAUUAUUAGAUGGCUUUCUACCUUUCUUCUUUGCUGUGCUACUCUGAUAUCCUUCAGAGCGGUUGAGAGAUUUCUCUAGUGCAACAAUCUUGGGAACUUCAUUUUGGGCAACUGAUUCUUCAUGUGCGAAUAUCUCUGGCGUAAUUAUUGGGCUGAACCCAUUGAACUCAUGUUGAACAGGUCCAAACAAGUCAUUGGGUGCUCUACUUCCACAGAACUGAACCCAGGUGAACUUUGAACUGUUGUCUUCAUGUGACAAAGACUGGUUAAUUUGGUUAAGUUCGAACAUGUUAUUGUAUUAAA